AUGUACACAGAUCAUCAGAGCACUGAUGAUCAGUGUAGCCCUGAUAAUCUGUGUAGCCCCAGCAGUGCCACCUGUCACUGUCCAUCAGUGCCAGCUGUCAGUGCUCAUCCAUGCCACCUGCCAGUGCUCAUCAGCACCACAUCAGUGCCACAUUUCAGUGCCUACCAUCAGUGCCGCCUAUCAGUGCUGCCAGUCAGUGCCGCCUAUCAGUGCUGCCAGUCAGUGCCGCCUAUCAGUGCUGCCAGUCAGUGCCAUAUAUGAGUGCUGCCUGUCAAUGCCCAUCAGUGCCACCUACCAAUGCCUCAUCAGUGCCACCUAUCAGUGUCCAUCAGUGCAGCCUAUCAGUGCCCAUCACUACAGCCUCAUUAGCGCACAUUUGUGA